AUGGCAACGACGACCAUGGCCAUCAUCCUCGUCCAUCCUACAACAGCAAGCCGCCGGCUCCAAGACCUCUUGGCCGUGGACAUAACAAGUACCCGGAAAAAGCCAAAGAGUCCGGAUGCUUUCCAGAUUGGCUUCCCUAUGCGCACUAACUACAUAUAUGGAAAAAUAAAGAGGACCCUACUCAACGAAAUCUUUGCCCUCACCGUCUGCCUCUGGAUAAAAGGGGGAUCAGGGCCUGGCCUCGGCACUCCCUUCUCCUACUCUGUCCCGGGACAGGCCAACGAACUGGUUCUGAUCGAAUGGGGCAACAACCCCAUGGAACUACUGGUCAACGACAAGGCAGUGACAUUGCCCAUGGCAAUGACGGAUGGGAAGUGGCAACAUCUGUGCGUGACAUGGUCGACACACGAUGGGCAUUGGGAGGCCUUCCAGGACGGUGUAAAAAGGGGAUCUGGAGAGAAUCUAUCUGCGUGGCAUCCCAUCAAGCCUGGUGGAGUCUUUAUUCUGGGCCAGGAACAGGACGCCCUAGGUGGCCGAUUUGACGCCACCCAGUCCUUCGUGGGCGAAAUGUCAGACCUCCAGUUGUGGUCCCGCGUUCUCACGCCCAAUGAAAUCUACAGCCAGGCUUCCUGUGGUGGUCACAUGGCCGGUGACCUCAUCUCCUGGACAGAGGCAGUGGUUGAGCUUCACGGUGGGGUCACCAAAUACCCCUUCGACCCCUGCCACUAA